CUCGCCUCGCGCAGAAUUUUCAUCCACCCGCGCAAGGCAGAUUGAGAACGACGACCGGCGACGACGCAGGCGCGUGCGUGUUCGUCUUCCCCGAUCGAGCCGUAGCGCGGAUGGAGAUGGACUUUCUGGGCCCACGAUCGGCGCCGCGGCAUGCGAUGCCGCUCGUGGCGCGACGCGAUGCCGAGGACGACGGCGAGCCCUGGCGUCUCGCUUCACCGGCACACUUCGCGUAUCCGGACGUGUGCGCGGCGGCGGCUCAUCGCCACCACCCGACGGCGCCGUCGUACCAGCUGCACGCGCCGCCGCCGCCGCCUCUGCAUCCCCAAGCCUUCCCGUGCGCCAUUCCCGCCUCGUCCCUGCAAGGCCCGCAGGUAGUCCACCGUGCAGCGUACUCGCCCGAUCGGAGGUGCUCCGCCGCGCAGCUGACGAUAUUCUACGCAGGUUCAGUGCAUGUGUUCGACAACGUGACGAAGGAAAAGGCCGAGCAGAUCACGUUCAUGGCCGCGAAGGCAGCUCAAGCAGGCCGCAGCCCUCCCCUUCGUCGGGCGCUGCGGCAAUCGGAAUCUGCUCCGGUCCCCGACGAAAGAAAGCAGAUGCCACUGGCGAGAGCUUGCAGCGAUCCUGUGCACCCUUCGCCACAGGCAUUGUUUAUGCUGCCGCAUAGAGAUGUUCCGCUGGCCAGGAGUGCGUCCCUUGCCCGCUUCCUCGAGAGACGCAAGCGAAAGCAAAGGACAGCAAAUGCAGCAACGCCUUACUCUCGUAGGGAGAUAUCCCCUGGUAGCGUGGACACUUUCCGCAUGGUCUCGCCAGGAAGCACAACACUAUCCGGCAACACCGAACUGUCAUGGUUCUUCGGAGAUGAAAAGCUGGGAAGCCGCGACGAGGAGGCGCUGGACACGGAGCUCAAGAUGUAGCCGGUGCACAAGCCCUCGCGCCGAGCGUCCCUCAAUAAUCAAGCCCGAAUUUUGGAUCAAGUUGUGUAGACGGUUGGGCUGAUGACAAACAAAACCUUUUGGUGCGUUGGGCGGCAAGAUCUUAGCGUAGCCUUCUUCUUCUUCUUUUGGUUUUGCCUUUCGGGUUUGGCGACGAUGUUUGCUUACAGUUUCUCUUGAAACUGAAAACAUCAUCAUCGCCCUUUUCGGCUUUUUUUAUUUACGGGCUUCUUCAGAUUGUUCCUCAAUCUGAUUAAGAAUCCUGUAGUUUUGGCCGGUGAGAGUUUUUUGUUUUCUUUAUUUCUUUUCUUCCUUUUGAAACGCCAGCUGAUUUGAUGUAUCUCAUAACUGUUAACACUACUGCUGACUGCAAUCAACAAUUUUUGGUCGUCGUUUUUUCA